GUCAUUCUUAUGAAACCAAAACACUGCACUGUGUUCAGGCUGCAGCUUACAACACAACCAGUUACAACACAAGCUGAGCUGCUGCGUGUGUGUUAAAAUGUCUUUUUACAGGAACGCCGUUUGGUUUGUGAAAGGACUGCAGGAGUACACAAAAAGCGGCUACGAAGCUGCAGCGAAGCGUUUUGCUGCAGGUGAUCUAGAGGUGAACCUGAGUGGAAGGUCCUUCAUGGUAACUGGUGCCAACAGCGGGAUAGGCAAAGCCACAGCGCAGGAAAUCGCCAACAGAGGGGGAACCGUUCACAUGGUGUGUCGAAACAAGGGGCGAGCAGAAGCAGCCCAAAGUGAAAUAGUGGAACAAAGUAAAAAUCAGAAUGUUCACGUCCACAUCGUUGACAUGUCGAGCGCGAGGCAAGUGUGGGAGUUUGCGCAGAGCUUCUCACAAAACAACACACUUCAUGUGCUGAUCAACAACGCAGGCUGCAUGGUCAACCAGAGGGAGUUAACCGAGGAGGGUUUGGAGAAGAACUUUGCCACGAAUACACUCGGUACAUACAUCCUCACUACUGCACUGAUACCUGCACUGAAGAAGGCUGAAGAUCCCAGAGUGGUCACUGUGUCGUCGGGCGGCAUGCUCACGCAGAAGCUGAACGUGGCCGACCUCCAGUUUGAGAAGGGAACGUUUGACGGCACCAUGGCCUACGCUCAGAAUAAAAGGCAGCAGGUGAUUCUGACAGAGAGGUGGGCCGCUCAGCACAAAGAGAUCCACUUCUCCUCCAUGCACCCAGGCUGGGCCGACACACCAGCCGUCCAGUCGUCCAUGCCUUCAUUCCACGCUAAGAUGCAGGGCAAGCUGAGGACGGAGGCCAUGGGGGCAGACACGGUGGUGUGGCUCGCUGUGUCUCCAGCUGCCACCAAGCAGCCGAGCGGACUCUUCUUCCAGGAUCGCACGGCGGUGGCGACACACCUUCCCCUCGCCUCAUCUCGGUCCACGCCUCAGGAGGAGGAGAAGCUUCUGGCUGCACUGGAGGAGUUCGCUCAGAAAUUCAAACCUUAAUAUUUCUGUCAAUUCAAAAACCGAGCACUCCGUACUAAUCGCCACGAAUGUUUACAUAAUCAUGGUUUUUUUCUAUGAAGAUUAUGCUUUCAACUGAUACCUCAAUGGGCAGCAUUUAAAUACAAACUUUAUAUUCUGUAUUAUUUACAGCAACAACAUAAAUGAUUGCAUAUUGUAUUUAUCAAGGGGGGGUUAUAUAAAUGUGGGUAAAGAAAAGAAAAAGAAGAAAAUUUGUAUGAUAAUUUGAGUAAAAAAAAAACAUUAAAUAGAUUGAUUUUG